UUGUCAGAGAACUCCUUAGAUAGUAAUAUUCCUAUUGAUGAAAUUUUAUUAAAUGACAAAUUUGAAAAUAAUAACAGUAGCGAAAACGAUCCUCUUGAUUAUUAUGACAAAAAGGCUCAAAUCUAA